UUGCUCAGUAACUUUCCGAAAGCAAAAGCAGUAAAAGGAAUCAACGGAACUUUUUUGGUAAUUUACUAAUAAGAAAUUCAUUCAGUUGGUGAUCUCAUAUUAAAUAAUACCUUUGCCGAGUUCAGUGUCCCGGUUAAUUCAUUUUACCAGCAAUGUAUAUCAAAAAGGUUUUUUACUGCGCUUUUGCAUUGAUGGCCUUACCGAUAACAAAAUUGAUCGAAUUAUGUGGCUGUUUGGUAAAAGGAACAGGGGACGGCUCCCUAGCCGCCGACUGCAGCUACAGGUCGGACUUCAAUAUGACGUGUUUGGCCAUGCUGGAGCUGUCAUCCUUCGAUCUAAGUGGGAAUGGUCUUAGACGAGUUCCAAAUAUAACUGGAUUUGAGACUGUUACAGAUUUUAAUCUGUCAUAUAAUAAUAUCACAGAGCUAGCCAGCUGCAAUUUAUUUUAUAUGCCUCGUUUGAAAACGUUGAACUUAAGCCAUAACUCUAUUGAGAAAUUAUCGAGUGAUGUCUGUAGCAUACCCAACAUCGAUUUGAGUUUCAACAACCUAACUGAUCUCCAUGAUUUGGAAAGCAACUGGAAGACAAUGGCCAAUGUCCAGGGCAAUCCGUUUUGGUGCGACUGCAAUUCCAGUCCAGUUAAGCUAUUGGCAAGAAAGUCGAGUGAAUCUAAUAUACAGAACAUCGAAUGCAUUCACCGUGGCAACUAUUUGUCUAAGCCCUUGGCCCAGCUGUGCUACACGGAGAUCAACGCAGAUCAAAAAAUUUCUAACCAUUCCUACUUGAUCAUCUUUGUAUUUUUCUUAAUGAUCUUCUUCGGUGGCAUUUGCUGUCUACAUGAAAUGAAGUAAAAUCUUAUAAAAUUUUCUAAGGUAAGGAACCUUUGGGGCAGGUUUAUUAUUAGUAAAUUUGGUAUAUAUUUUGUAUUAUUUUGU